AGCACGUACAAGUCGCAACUACUUCUCAAACUUGACCACGAAACAUCGUUCACCAGGCCCUCCUCUGCAGCUAUGGAUCCAAACGAUCCACACGGCAUGUACUCGGGCGGUGGAUCAUGGGGGAAUCCUCAGCAGCAACAGGGAUACCCUGCCUUCCUGCCGCCGAACCCAAUGCAGGGUCAUCAGCAGCAGCACCAACAGCAGCAAGGCUACCCAAGUCAGUCUUAUGGCGGAGGAGGGGGAGGCAGAGGCAGGCGCUAUGGCGGCGGCGGACCACGACGUAAUGCUGGUGGUGGAGGAGGCUACGGCGGCUCGCCGUACACAGCUGGUAUGAACGACCACGACCGCCAACGCGCAGAAGAGGAGCGAGCACGUCGAGUUCGCGAGAAGCUCUACAAGAUUGCAGAGUCCGCCAAGCCUGCCAAUGAGGCAGAGGGAGCACCAGCUGCAAUCCAAGACGACGAUUUCUACCCUCAGAGUGACCUCUUCACCCUCAAGAAGUGGAUCGAAGAAGAGGCAAAGCGCGGCCCGCAACAUGAGGCAGUCGUCCUUCAAGCUUUCCGUGUAAUGGUCACUGAGCAGCCACACAAGACGCCCCUCAUCGCUGCGCUACUCGGAUUCCUCAUCCUCUCACCCGAUGUUCAGAGUCGCGGAAUGGAUGACACCGCAGCGAUGGACGGAGAGAAUGGCAAUGGCGCCUCUUCUUCCACCUCAUCUGAGCAAGAGACCCUCGGAAUCAAGAUCGGCCGCGACCUCGUCAAAGCCUUUCGUUCUCACCUUCAUUCGCGCCUCUGGAGGAAUGUCCGCCUCUCGCUACACUUCUUCGCCGCCCUCGUACCCCUCGGCAUCGUCCCUCCUUCGUCUAUGCGCCAGCUCCUCUCGGCAUUCGCAAUGGUCCUCAACGAGCCAGGUGUCACGAUUGAUCGUGGCGACCGCGCUGCAAUGUGCAUCAUCGAAGUCCUCUGUCGCUCUGCCGCCGACCUUGCAAGGGGCGAUGGCGAUGUUGCUCGAUCGGACGAGGCGAUCUCUGACCUCGAUGGACUCGUCCAAGCCGUAGAAGGCUACAACGCUACUCGCAAGGCAGAGCACGACCUUCGCUCCCCCUGGCGCUCGCCCAUCGAUCCGGACAACGAAGGCGAUAGCGGCGACCUCCUCCACGAGGAAGGAUUCGAGCAAGCCGUCGAGGCCCUCCAGCUACUGCGCUCUCGCGACUGGCGUCCGCCCACCUUCUUGCCCCGAGCGACCGAUCUCCUCCCUCCAGCCAUCAACAACAUAGUCGACUCUGUAGUGCGCAACACCUCCACUCUCCCUCAAGCGCAAUACCUCAUCUCCAUGCCCGAGAUUCUCGUCCCACCUGAGGAGGAAGACGAAUUCGAGACGUCUUUCCCGCUCGGUGGGCAAGGCCAAGCAAAGCCUACCGGACUCAACAAGCGCAAGUUUGGCGGCGGUAGUAAGCACAAGAGCAUCUCCCUGCAAAAGGCAGACGAAGAAGUCCGCCGAGCCGGAGCUGGACCGGACCGAGUGGGACUGUAUCCUCGUUGGUUCGUCGAGUCGUGCCCUCUCGCUGGCACGCCCUCCUCCGUAGUCCUGCGUGGCCUCACCCUGGAUAUCAUCGAUCUCUACGAGGUAAAUCGCAAAGAGUGCGCUCGCAUCCUCUUUGGCCUCGCAAAAUGGCUGCGCAAGGGCACAUUCGCGGGCAAAGCAGUGCACCCCAACGCUGGCCUCUUCGGUGAUGCGGAGGACGCAGACGAGUGGACCAAUCGCGACGACCGCGACCCGGAGGGGGCUUGGACACUGGAUGACCUCCUGGUAGAGUGCAUCCUCGGCUCCUCACUCCUUCUUCCCUCCAGCCCACACGUAGGGCUCUACUACCAUGCCCUCCUUCGCGAGAUCACAACGCUCAGCCCGCAAACUCUUGCACCUGCCAUCGGCAGAACAGUCCGUCGAGUCUACGGCGCCGCGAGGCGAGGACGUGUUUCCUCUGAAGUGCUCGAGCGCUUCAGUGACUGGUUUAGUGCGCACCUGAGCAACUUCAACUUCUCCUGGAACUGGAAGGAGUGGAUCCCCGAUAUGGGGCUUGCGUGGAGUCACCCGUGUCGUUCUCUCGCGAGGAGGAUUGUAGAUCUGGAGGUCAGGUUGGCAUACUAUGAUCGCAUCAAGGGAACUCUACCCGAGGAGGUGCAGGAAAGCGUGCUUAGGCCUGAGGAAACUGCGCCAUGCUUUACGUAUGGCGAAGAGGGGCACCCUUACAACAAGAGAGCGGCGGCACUGACUGCUUCAUUGAGGGCCAGGGCUACAGCUCCGGUCGUGCUGGCUGAGCUGGAGAGCUUCAAGCGCGACCUUGUUGCGCCGGAGAACCCGCUGGACGAUGAGAUGCAGGAUGGCAAUGGCGCCAACGGCGGCGAGCACACGGCCAUCCCUCCGUCGGGCCGGGUCAGCAACGCAGCGCAAGCAGACGUAGUCGUGCGAGACGUGAUGACCCAGGUGGUCCUCAAUGUGGGGUCGCGCUCUUUCUCCCACUUCCUCAACAUCGUCGAACGCUACCACGGCUUGCUGCGUCACCUGUCGACCACCCCCGCGACGCGUGCGGCCAUUUUGGGAGCCACAGCCAGGCAUUGGGCCAGGAGCCCGCAGUGGUGCUUAAUCGUGGUCGACAAGCUAGUGCAAUACCGCAUCGUCGAGCCGGCGGAUGUCGUUGGAUUCGUGUUCAAUGGCGACUCACUCGGCGAAGCAGCUCUGCCCACGACCGUCCUGCAAGGAUCGGGAGACACUGUAGCAUGGAGCUUCUCCCGCCCUUACAACAGCGACGACACUGGGGCAGCAUCGCACUACACGAGGGACUGGUCCUCCUUUGACUGGUACGAGAUCCUGCGUCUCACAGUUGAAAAGGUGAACGGGCGUGUUGGGCAGGUCCGUCGUCGCCUCGCGCGACUGCAGCGCGACGAAGCGGAAGAGGAGGAGCGCAAGGAAGCAGAGGCAGCAGCGGCAGCCGCAGCAGCUACUGCUGCUGCCGAAGCUGGCUCAUCAGGUGACAGCGAGCCACCAGCAAAGAAGCCUGCCUUCAGCUUCCCGACUUCGGCCAACCUCCCACCCAAGCCGGCCGCCGCGGACCCGUCCGCUCCUACUCCGGCAGCAGCGCCCAAACCCGUAGUGGCCGCUCAGCCUGGUCAGACCCAGCCGCAGCAGACCGUAGCAGAAGCGCGCACUGCCCUGGAGUCGAUCCUGAGCGAGCAGCGCAAAGUCCUAGCAUCUGCGCUGCGUGGGCUUGCCAGGCUCUACCUCUCGACUAGCGCUGCAGCAGCUGCGCAAGAGGAGGAUGAAGAGACCAAGUGGCGCGCCUGGUGGUCUGGUGAGGCGUUGCGUUGCUUCUUGAGCAGCUUUGCUUCUGAGGUGGGGGAUGUUGAGGUGACACUGCGCGCUGCGUUGGAUGAGGAGGUCAAGGGCUUCGAGGGGGGCGAGAAGGUUGAGGACGUCAAGAGGCUGUUUGAGGAAGCGGUUCGACUUGGUUCGGAGUAGAGGAGAGGUGGGAGACCAUCGAUCUUCAUACAUGCAUCGCAAUAUGAGCAGCACUAUAGCACAUGCACGGCUAGUGAAAAGAGCACUUUUGUCUUGUAUUGGGUGCACGGUAGAGAGUGAGAAACAAUCAAAAGAAGGAACUCGACGGGGGGGAAAGCGGGCCCCUUGUAUUGUGGAUGCUAGAGGACAAAGGGAAACGAGAGACACGAUAAACGUUGGGUGG